CUUCAGUAGAUGACGUAUAUAUAGUAAUCGGUACAAAACCGUAAACGCGUAUGGACGUGGGAAGAACGCGGUUCAUUACUUUGUGGUUGCUCGCAGCACUGACAAGCCACUGAACUAGAAUGCCGACGCCGUCUGAGACGUCAACGCGCUCACGUUUGUCGUUGUCGCGCACGACAUCAAACUCAACCACUACACGUACUUCCCUUAAGACGCGUGCACUCUCAAUCACAAGUGAUGCAAGCGGUUGUACGACUGUGAAGCCCGCCAAACUAAUUUCGAAUUCGAAUUCUACUUCAAACAUGCUCUCCACGAUGCCGACGCACUUGAAGCGUCCUGGCACAGGUCCGCCCAGUGCUUUCCCGCGUUCCUUGUCUGCUUCCACUAGUAGCACUACAGGCUCGAAUGGAAAUCGAAGUGUGGUGUCAUCAACCCCAUCUCGAGCACGCGUCGUUUCCGAGACAUCCAUCCCAACUCCAUCCCAUCAACACCGUGCUUCAGUCAACCUCGCCUCUCCAAAACCCGCCAUAAACUUUACAUCUCCGAGUCCCGCAAAGCACAAGAACAAUCCUUCAUCCCCAUCAGUCCGUGUGCUCGCAAGCUCUGCUAAUUCCAAUUCAACAUCAGUAUUUGGGAGCGGCGAAACGGCUUCCCUGACCAGGACCGUCUCCAUGGAGAGUACUCCGACAACUAUACCCCCGUCUUCCGCGCCUAAGCCUCAUUCAAGUAACACACCCUCAAAACCUUCAACAAACACGCCUUUGACCAUUACGCCCUCUAAAUCCUCUCCUCUCGCUCGUACACAGCUACAGCGUACACCAUCAAAGACAUCCAAUAUGACACGAUCCCCUGGAGCAAAAAAUAUACACUCCCCAAGUCCAAAAGUCCGUUCUCCUGGCUCAAACUUCGCAGGUAAAGAGCCUGUCGCCUUGCUGUCCGAAUCGCUCGCCUCGAAAAACGGUAUGGCUGCAAGUGCCAUGGGCGGGACCAGAAUAGGAAGCGUCUUUAAUGAUGGUACCGGGAGUAUCAUCGGUGGUCCUAGACGCGUGAAUGGACGCGUCACGAAUGGUGCCGUGAUCAAUCUGAACGAUGAUACGGGUUUGGAGGAUAUAUGGGAUCAUGAAGAUGACGGGAUGACGUUUGAUAUGGUUACGGAUGUGGAUGGAGAAGGCGAUGAAGAGCUCGACCAAGCCCUUAUCCAAAUUCGCACCCUCCACACUUCCAAACUCCUUGCCUACAAGCGCCUCCUCGAACGCGCGCACGCAAGUAGUGCAGCGCAGGUUUAUCAUCUUCAAGCUCAACUUGCAGAAUUGCGUUCUCAGUCUCAGGCUCAGGCGCAAGGAUCCUUGCAACUGGAUGGGGGUGAGUAUUGUGUUUGUGGUGAGAGGAAGAGGGGGUAUUGGGACGGUGUUAGUUGGGGGAAUGUGGAGGGGGAUGAGACCGCAGAGGGCGGCGAUUUGGUAAAUGCUAUGAAGAAGCUUGAUGAGAGGGCUAUUAGGAGGGCUAUGAGAGGGUUGGGGAGGGAGAAGCGGGGGAGGGUUAUGCAGAUCAUACUCGAGUCAACCCUCCCAGGUGACAUCCCCCUGCAAAUCCUCCUCCUCCAAAAAUACCUCAAAAGCUCAUUCGACAUCAUCGGUUUCCUCGCGCCUGAGCUCGCCCUUCAGAUCUUGAGCAAGUUGAGCGUGAAAGAAGUUGUGAGGGCUGGGUUGGUCUCGAAAAAAUGGUACACCGCAACUCGUCAUCCUGCAUUGUGGAAGUGGCAUUGUCUGCGCUUGACUGCCAAUGAUCCGGUCCGUGUGAGAGCACCAGCGCAGCGUGAGGGAUGGUACCCUCUCUACCGAUCCCUGCACCACCGCGAGUCCAAUUUUGCUCAUGCGCUCCCACAGAGCAUACGUUUCUUGAAUGGACAUACGAAUUUCUGUACGACGUUGUUAUUGAGAGGCAAGCGCCUCAUCUCAGGCUCCUACGACGAAACUAUCCGUUUCUGGGACAUCGACACUGGCGAGAUGAAAAAGUGCCUGCAGGUGAAGAAGCCUGUGAGCUGUGUGGAUUUCUUGGCGGAGGAAGAGGUUUUCGUGGUUGGAUUUCAUGAUGUUGGCCGCGUCCACCUUUUUUCCUCCGUUACAUUCACACCUCUUCAACAACUUGCCGGACACCUCAACGGUAUCCGCGCCGUUGCACUUUCCUCCAAGAACCUCGUCAGCGCGGGCGCUGACAAGGCUCUCGUGUGUUGGGAUUGGCGCGCCGGGACGAAGAUCGUGAGGUUUGGACAGCAGACAACAAUUAACAUCGGUGUGCAGAUUGUCCAAGGGGGCACAGAGGCAGAGGGGGAGCGUGUAGUGGGUGUGACUAUCGAUGGCAUCGUUCGGGUUUUCUCGAUUAAGAGGAGAGAGAUGAUCUCGCAGUUCAAGCUCAAUGAGCUCGGUGGUAGCGACCCUGUGUUGCAUGCGAAGCUGUUUAAUGUGGGCUCUGCACCUAAUAAUAUGUUGCAGUGGUUCGCGGCCAAAGGCUCGCAGAUGACUUGCGCGACUAAAUCCGUGAUCUUGCAUCUGCAAUGGAACGAAGAUGAAGACGAGAGGACUCCUGCCGAGACAACUACAAUGAGCCCUACAUUCACUGGAAGGACUCUUACCUCUCCUACGCCCUCUUCCCUUAACCCGAAAUCACGCGCCGUCUCAUCCCUUAUACGGCCCACGCAGACGUCUACUCCCCAGCGCAGACAGUCUGCACUCGGAGUGAGUACAUCGGGCUUGCCCAAAUCGCGACUUUCGCUUGGGACACCUUCCACGCCUCUCUCCUCCAAUAUCAGCGCAUCUCAAAUUUCUGGUAUAUCACCAUCUCCGCUCUCCCUACUACCUCGAUCUGGCACUCCGCUGUCCCCGAUGGGUGCACCAUUAUCUCCUAUGGGUGCGGUGGGUGCAGAUGGGUUUGCAAUUCGGUUCGGGCGCGCGGCAAUUUUGACUGCACCUCCCAAGCUCGUUGCGCUCGUAGAGACACCUGAUGUUGCUGUUGGCGCAGUGGAUCCUAGGAAGAGGAGGGUAGUUACUGCUACGAGGUUUAGUUCGCGGGCGGGGGCUGAUCGGAGGAUUCUGAUGUCGACGCAUCAAGACAAGGGCAAGAUUGAUGGCCUUGAUGGUCCAUUGGAUGAAGACACGGGGCCUACGACGGACCAUGCAAACCCGAUGUUCUCAUCCCCGACGCCAAGCGUUGAUAUAGAUGCAAAUAUCAUUCCUUUGUCAGGCGCAUGGGAAGCGCAUGCUCAUGCCACACCUGUGGGUAUGAAAGGUCUUCUUGGUCCGUUACCGCCCAAGUUUGCGGGCUUGGCGAUGCCAGAGAAGAAUCCGAUGUCGAUGCAGCUCACACAUGAGGAAGUAGUGGUAGGGUGCGCGGACGGGACAAUUUAUGUAAUGAAUUUCUUGGGGCAUGAGUAUGUGAAGGAGAGGUCUAGGACGGAGGAAGGGAUUGAUGAGGAUGAGGAGAGCAGUGAAGAGGGAGAUGCAUCCGUGGAUAGGAGUCUAAUUUUGGGGACUUGAGAGAUGUCGAAAACUUCACGCAGCCGCACCAAAAGGACAGGCACCAAUACCACACCGAACUAGCAAAGGAAUACCAACUAUUACCGCACGGACUAGAGCAUUCGACAAUUUUGAUCGGCAGGACAGCUACUACGUACCACACUCGUUUUAUACCAUCAACGACUCGUUUAUUUGGAUUGAUAUUAGCGUCAGUUAGAAGAGACAAAUGGCUCUUGAUAUAUAGCUCGUGUUUAAUUUUCUUGCUUUG